CAUUCCUCUACUAGUCAUACAUUCAUAUGGCUAACCCGAAGUAGUGUUUGACAUUUUUUCAACAGUAUUAUCUUUUAUAUUAAUUUUAUUAAUGCAGGCCUUAACGAAAGCGAUCCUUGUGAUUGUUUCUUUGGCGAAUGCGAAUGACGACAGUACAGGAAAACGUGGUAGGAUCGUUGGAGGGAAACGAGCACCUCAAGGGAAGUACCCGGGAAUGGUCUCCCUACGUUUAUAUGAAAGUCAUAUAUGCGGUGGAUCACUCCUUUCUCCAACCUUUAUAUUGACAGCUGCACAUUGCUUCGAGGGUACCAAAAAGUUCAAUGAAAAAACUGCCAGAGCAUACAAGGCAAUGGUUGGUGACGUUCACCGUGAAGCCAAGAAGGGAAGUUCAAAAUUUCGCCAGAUAAUAGCAGCGAAAGGAAUUGUCGUCCACGAAAAUUAUGAUACGACAACGGACGCGAAUGACUUAGCUAUGAUCCAACUUCGUAAGCCUGCUAUUUUUAAUAGAAAUGUGGGCAAGAUGACCCUCGCGAAAAAAGUCCCGCCCAAGGAUACUGCAUGUACGGUGAUUGGAUUCGGAGUCACCACUAAUAAGACUGAUGACUUUGAGCCGAGCGACAGACUUCUGGAAGCGACGGUUUUCAUUAUGUCUAUGAAGUCAUGUGAGAAACAAGACCUUGGGGAGGUAAAUCCAAAAACCCAAAUUUGCGCCGGAAAUUUAAACGAGGGAAAAGAUAGUUGCCAGGGUGACUCUGGCGGUCCAUUAAUUUGCGGUAACAAACUUACCGGAGUAGUUUCAUUUGGUGCUGGAUGCGCUGAUAAGGAAAUUCCAGCCAUAUACACCUCCGUUCCAACGUAUUUAAAGUGGAUUCAAAAGCAUUUGCAGGAUAAAAAUAAACCUGGCAGGAAAUUGAAGGAUCAAAACAGGCGUAUUGUAAGACGACCACUAAAAAGUAAUCACGUAAACAACCAUCAUGUCAGCCUUCCACUACUUUUCUCAUCAUUGAGUGUGAUUUACGAGUGCUUUGUGGUAUUGUGAGGAACUACCACCAGAGUUAAGGAGGGUUUCAAUGAAAACCUGUUGUGAAGUCAAUUUACAAGUUCGGUUUGUGGCCUCGUCGCUUUUUACAUAUUUAAAUCAAAGUAGUACCCUCAUAGAAGCUGCUAGAUUGACCCAUUUUAGUGAAAAUUAAUUUGCUUUUAUCUUAAAUCAGAGAUUCUAUCAGAACCAGAUCAAAAAAUUAGCACUCAAGUCAAUAUUUAAAUCUAAUUUGGCGUUACUUUGUAACGAACAGAAUUUAUACGGUCGAAAUUUAAGCCAUGUAACCAUUCAUUUCAUUAAAAGGAGUGAUUAAUA